AUGAGCGGCGCGAUCAGCGCAUUCCUCAGCAACAUGAGCGAACCCCCAGACCAUGCCCAGCUGAUCGGCGAGAUGCCCCAAAUAGAACGGUUGGCCAUUCAACAACGACUCGAACUAGCUCAACGACGACGGCGAAUUCAGAAGAUAUCGGCCGAACGACGCGAACAUCAGCUCCCCCCUCCGCGACCACGAAAUCCUCGACUUCGGUUCAGUCCCCAUGUUGCUCUACUUGAGGCAACAAGUCGAGGCGCAUAUCACGAAGUUCAAGAACUCUUAGCCAAUGGGGCUGAUCCUAAUUCUCACAAUGAAGACGGUCUUACGCCACUCCAUCAAGUUAGUUCUUAUUCGCAACAGAUUUGAUUUUAGUGUGCAAUCGACAAAAAUCUCAGAAUCGUCGAGUUGUUACUCCAAUACCGAGCAGAUGUAAACGCAACUGACACAGAGCUAUGGACUCCUCUGCACGCCGCUGCGUGUUGCGGAUAUCGGGACAUUGUUGCCGUUUUGAUUCACCAGUAUGUGUUUUCUGGUUUUUUCUCUAUACCGCACGUAAUAUUGAUAAUUAUUGUUUCGCUUUUAGUGGUGCAGACCUACUAGCAGUAAAUGCAGAAGGAAAUAUGCCAUAUGACAUAUGUGACGAUGAGGAAACCCUCGAUUUAAUUGAGACAGAAAUGGCAAACAAUGGAAUAACUCAAGAGUACAUUAACGAACGACGCAGUCAACCAGAAGCCAAUAUGCUCGACGAUAUGCGGGCCUUGCAUCUAAACCGAGGUCCUUUAAAUGCGCGGAUGCCUGAUGGAUCUACUUAUUUACAUAUUGCAGCAGCCAAUGGGUACAGCUCGGUGGCUGCCUUCCUUCUCCGUUGUGGGGUCAAUCCUUGUGAUAGAGAUAAUGAUUGCUGGAUGCCAAUACAUGCCGCAGCAUCUUGGAGUCAGCCUGAGAUCAUAGAGAUGCUAGUCGAUUAUGGAGCUGACAUCAACGCAAAAACCGCCAACGACGAAACGCCGUUGGGUAAGUUUAAAUGACGGUAAGGUCCACGAAAGUACCUUAUCCCCUUAGGAAAAAAGGGAUAUAAAGAAUUACGCAACCUUUAACAAUUUUUUGUUUUCAGAUCUAGCUACGGAUGACCAAACAAAACAAGUAAUACAACAACUUCAGCAAAGCGAAGCAAAGAAGAAACGACUUGCGUUCGGUGUUCGGGAUAGUCGAAGGCAAUCCAGAAAGUGAGUUGCUUCAUAAAUGACUAUAAAUAUAAAUAUAGGCGAAAGAAGUUCGAAUCCCCUCAACAACCUCCCUCUCCCACAGGCCAGGUUGAUAAUCCUUUCAGCGCCAGGGGGGCAAUCAGGCGGCAGUCACUCAGAGAUCGGUCUGGAGUAACAUUAGCUAGAUUGGAAGCGCAAAAAGAGCAGUCCAACCUCAUGAAAUCAUGGAGCAAAGAAGAUGUCUCCGCUACAGUAAGAUACCUUCAUCAUUACAAAUAAAGAGAAUUCGUAAACAAUGAUCUUGGUUUCAGGAUGACAUGGGCAAUGCCCCCCAAAGAACGCAAUCGCUUUCUGAUACACGACGAGACUCCCCCAACAAAAGGAUAUUGAAUAAAUCCAACAAACCCGGAAAGGCUUACGGAGGGGGAGAUGAGUGGACGAAGAAGCUGGAAGCCAAUGGGAACGAUGAGGAAGAAGAAAUGGGAUUCCGGAGUCUGCAUUCAAGGGGAUCCACAGUCAGGAAAAAGAAGAAAGAACGACAAGGUGGGUGAAUGCUCAGCACGAUCAAACACGUCGACAUGAAUAAUAUAUUUAAAUCCGUAAAAUUUAAAUUCAACGCGGUUUCAGAGAUCGAAAUGAGUUCCCCAUCCCCGACCUCAACCACCGCCCUAAAUGGAAAACCGGGUAUUUACGGCCGCUCUGAGAAAAAGAUAUGUUGUUGUACUAUUCUUUGA